GUGAUGACGGCGCUGCUCGGGUUCUGCGCUUGCGGAAGGGCGACGGGGCCAGGGAGAGUGACCGCUGCUGCAUCCCGAAGGGCUCCAGGGACUCCUGAGCCAUCCCUUGGCCUUGCUGGAGACACAGAGUGGGUGCUGACUGCAGAGGCCAUGAAGAUUAACCAGAACACGGUGCUGCGAGGAAAGAGGGCAACCCUGGUGCCGUACAUGUCUGCGCAUGUGCCCCGGUACCACGAGUGGAUGCAGUCAGAGGAGCUGCAGCGCCUGACCGCCUCCGAGCCCCUCAGCCUGGAGCAGGAGUAUGAGAUGCAGUGCAGCUGGAGGGACGACACAGACAAGUGUACCUUCAUUGUGCUGGACACAGAGCGGUGGCCCGGGCAGGCGGAUGAGGACUGCAUGGUGGGGGAUGUGAAUCUCUUCCUCACUGACCCUGAGGAUCCAACUUUGGCUGAGAUUGAAAUUAUGAUUGCAGAGCCCAGCUACCGAGGCAGAGGAUUUGGCAAGGAGGCAACUCUGAUGAUGAUGUCCUAUGGUGUGAGAAACCUGGGGAUCACCACAUUUGAGGCUAAGAUUGGUCAGGAGAACGAAGCCAGCAUCUGCAUGUUCAAAAAACUUCAUUUUAAAGAGGUUGCUGUGAACAGCGUUUUCCAGGAGGUGACACUGAGGCUGGAUGUCAGUGACCAGGAAAGACGUUGGCUCCUGGAACAGACAAACCAUGUGGAGGAGAGGAGCUACGUUGAACAAGCUGCCAGCUGAGGUGCUGGAGACCUGAUGGACACAUCCAGACCCUGGCCUUGUUUCGAGGGAGGAGCUGGACGCUGUUGUGAGCUCUGGGUGUGGAGGACAGCAGUGAGCCAGCGCUGAGUUUGACUGUUUUCAUGUCUCUUUGGUUACUUUGUCAUCUUGUCAACUUUGCACCUUGCUGAACCAGCUGGGAUUACUGCCUGAGAUCGGGACCUGGAGAACAGCCACUAAUUCACAGGCUUGACUAGGAAUGACUCUAACUUCAGCAUACUGUUCCAGCAGAGCCUCAAAUCACCAGCAGUCAAUUGAUUUCUGGUGCCACCAGUUUGUGGGCAAGCAGCACCUGCUGUUCCUUUUCCACUGCCCUUGGAGCAGGGUUUGCUGGUUAGACACAGGCAGGCUCAAUCAGUUUUCUCUUGCAUUAAAGAGAUGACAAAGAUCUGA